AUGAUUCUCUAUUGUUUAGAAAAAAUUGCCAAAUUAUGUGUAGAUGAUACUCGCCACAUUUUGUAUGGUCUUACUGAGAAUGGAUCAGUACAAGUUUUUGAUUUGGGAAGUGAUGGAACAGAAAUGGCUAAAGUUGCUUCUCUUAAUUGCAGUCAAAUUCAGGUACUUUUAUUGGAAAGAGCUUCAAUUGAAUGUCAGACGGUCGAUCCAUCUUUUUUUGCUGAUAUUAUUAGCAUCAGUGCAAUACCAGCAUCUCAAUCGCACCAUUUACAUCUCGUUAGAUCUUUUAAAUUUUAUUGGUUUAUGAUUGCAACGACAAGAAAGGGUGUGCGUUUGUAUUUCAGCUGCCAUGAUUCCACACCGCGUUCUUUUUAUAAUUCUGCCAUCUCUGGUCUUACGCCUGUUCUUCCGAAUUUGAUCGAUAGUAGACCACGUAAUUUGCGUUUGCGACAUGUCAGGCUUCCACCAGGAUAUGGAUUAACAUCUUUUACAAGUCAACCAUUCAUUACAUAUGAUGCAUUCUACUCACAUGGUUUUAGUAUUUUUUCUACACAACUUCGAUUUCAUGGAACUGUUUUAGCAAUAUCCGAGUCUAAAAGUUAUCAGGAAAUCAUGCGAAUGAAUCGAUUUUUGCAAAAUUCAACAGCAAUUCAGCCCUCAACUAUAGUAACGGAACACAAAAAAACUCCAAGAAAAUUGGUAGUAUUAACUGAAAAGGGUAUAUCAUUAUUGCAGCAAAAAUCACCUGUUGACUUUCUUCGCGAAAUUUUACGUCAGCAUGGUAUUGAUUCUCCUCAGGCAUUUUCUUUUUUCCAGUUGCAUGGUGCUCUUAAUAUAUGUGCAAUGGCGCUUAUUAUUUUAUGUUCUUCAGAUGGAAAUGAUCAUUGUUUAAAGGAGUCUGCAUUGAAAUUGUUCUUCUCUGUGGGUGCAGAACCUUCUGGAAGAUAUGGUAUUCAUUUUCUUAAGAAUGAUCUUUCUCCUCGAAAUAUUUCUGCUGCAGAUAUAACAUUUGAUUUGAGAUCACCUCUCAAAACGUCAACUCCGCAGCAUGCAAUACAACGUUCAAUAAAUCAAACUCUCUCCGCAUCGUUUAAUCAUUUCAAUGAUGAUUCCCGUCAUGCAAUUAAUCUUCAAACUGUUAGAGAUUCAAAAAUGAGCUUUCGUCACGAAGCGCUUUACCUCUAUUUUUCUCGCAUUGUUGGGGAUCUCUGGACAUCACCUUUUUGUUUCAAAUUAAAUAAUUCCUCAGAGUUUCAGAUAUCAAGCGUUUUAUCGUGUGAAGAAUUGGAUUGGUUCGCUGCACAGCUCAAAAUCUUUAAACGUGUGGUCGAUGAUAAUAGUCUUAUUGGAAACACCAACGAAUUUGUUCAGCCAUUUCUCCUUUGUGGUGAUGUUCCUCAUAAAUCUGAUUCUGCCAGUACUGAUUCUAAAUUGAUUCUUCAACUUGAGAGACGUUCACUGAUAAGUUUCCGAGAACUUCUUUCACUUUCAAUUGAAGUGUUAUCUUUGUGGAGACUACUUUAUAUUCACCGAUUUCACGUUGUUACCGCACAAUUACCUUUACAUAUACGUGAUCAACUUAUUACAAUGCAUUUUUCAUCAAUUGUUGUUAGUGGUCAUCAGUUUGAUAAGGAAAUAGUCAUUUGUCUAUUCCAGCUGUGUGCCGAUUUGAUAACAUGUUUGGUAAGGCAUUAUCUUGGAGAUAAUGCAACCACUGCAACAAUCUGUGAUGAAUUACGAUCGGUCUGCCCAACUUUAUUCUCUGAUGAUGAUGCACUGUCUACAAAGGCAACAGAAAUGAUUGAAGAAGCACGGAAUAUGGCACCUUGUGCAGAACGAAGUUAUUUGCUUUCUGAAGCUGUUUGUCUCCUGAUGCCUGUUGGUUGGAUGGAAGGCAUAGUAGAUUUGGCUUUAGCGAGAGCAGAACGUGACGAUUCGAAAGGACUAGCUCUUAUUGCUUAUAAAAGUCGCCCUAGCGAUGAUGAUUAUCUGUCAACAUCUUCUGCUCAAGAGGCUCUUUCAAAAAGAAAAGAAAGUUAUAAGUGUAUCACUGAUGCACUAGAUAGAUUGGCGAAUGAUGCAAAAUAUAAAAGUGAAACUGAACAGAGAUCGAUAAUUGUUGAUAGAGAUUUGAUAGUAAAUUCUGUUUUGCGUUCUAAAGAUGAGCUUGCAAAUUUUGCUGUAUUGAAAUGGCUUUUGGAUAAUGAUUUUAGUAAUAUCGUUAUUCAGAGCAAAUCACCCUUCGUCGAAGCCUUCUUGCAUCAUCGUGUAGAGGAAGGUGGAUCAAGCAGAUACCUCGAUCUCCUCUGGCGUUUCCAUGAGCGCAAUGGUGAUUUCUCCAAAGCAGCAAGAUUGCUUUAUGAACUUUCACAGAAGCAAAAUGACACUUUUGAUAUACGUCGUCGUAUUGCUUACCUGUCGCAAGCUGUGUUAUGCGCCCAAUCAGCCAGUCCACAAGAAAAUAUGACCUGUGUUUCACAUGAUUUUAUACAAGAAAUACGUGAUAAACUUGAUGUUGCUCAGAUUCAGUUAGCUACAGGGCUAGCAAUUGCAUCCCUUCAACAAAUCCCUUCUGUGAAGCAAGCAUUGCAAUGUAUUAAUCAAAAACUAUACACCGUGCAGGAAUUGUUUGAAAAUUUCGCCGUUCCUUUAAAUCUUCCUGAUAUCAAACUUGCUUUAUGUUAUUGUUCCGGAACUUAUGAUGAGGAUGUGAUUAAAGAAUUUUGUUGUGAAAUCGUCGAUAGAGAUGGUUUUUCUCUUGCAGAACUAGAACUAUGUAGGCGUGAUUCUGCGCAAAUAAUUGCAGAACAACUUGGUGCACGUCUGGCUACUUUUCUUCACAAAUAUUCAAGUGUACCAAAGUAUUUUCCUAUCGGUAAUGAAACUGUCCUAUCGAGAGUAUUAGCUAUCAGUAUACGUGAGAAAUUUCCCGCAGUAUUUGUUGAUACUGUAGCAAAUUCGAUCUCAGCUCCUAUAAAUCUUAUAAUCGAUGUUUAUUCUUCGAUGUACAGAAAAGAUCCCUUUUGGCGAAAUAAUCAAUCUGCUCUUCGUCUUAUAAUGAAUUCAGCCUUAUGUGUUCUCAACAGAUUUGCGUCAAAAAGCCAUAGUUAUACUAUAGAUCGCAGGUAA